UCGAUGGUGUCAAAAUUUGUGCAUCACUCUAAAUAGAUCUAUUUAGUCAAAUUUAUUUUUAGCCUAAUGUUUCAUUUUUCUCAUUGUCCCCAACAGGUUAUCCUUUUCAGUGUGACGUUUAACAUGUUCUCAGGUGCAUAUUUUUUAGAGUGAUAUUUUUGUCAAUUCGAUUUCAUCAGCACUGUUGUAAGAGUUGAGGUACAUCCACUAGAUGGCGGUGUUGCUACCUUCACGUUCGUGCCACAGUAUUCAAGAGACACAUUUUAUUAAUAACCACAGUAAGAAACUGUUUUGCGCGCAUGUAUAACCAAAUCAGCACGGUCAGAUUGUUUUCUUUGUCUUGCGGAGCAAGCCUAAAACUAGAGUCCGGUCAGGGGGCAGAAGAUCGGAAGCGGGGGGUGAAGUUCCACGAGCGUUCAUGGAACACUCCCGUCCACAGAGCAGCGCAACGCGAUUCCGUCUGGUCCACUUGCACUGUCUUCACGCUCCGGCAACUUGCGCACUCCGCGCCACUGGAUUAAGUAGUUUGCUGCCUCACAGUUUCACGCGUGUUGGAAAAGAACCAUGGAAUUAUAGUGGACAGGGACGAACUUUUGGAGGAGACGAUGAUGAAACUUGACGAAGAGACACCGGACAACAACAAGUCAAUAUGGGUGAAAAGUUGCGCAGCAUCUAUGGAGUUAACUAACUGACGACCAGCCGAUUGGCAGAACUGAGAGGAAGUCUGGAAAGGAAAACCCCAGGCAAGACCACAUUCAAGAAUGAGGAUCAAAUACACAGUAUGCUUUGUCUUCUUUGUGGCCCUUGUUAUCAUUGAGAAGGAGAACAACUUAAUCUCAAGGGUAUCGGAUAAGUUGUCCCUGAAGCAGACCCCUCAGACACCAUUACAGCCUGGAGGUUUUUCACAAAUUCUACGCAGACACAAUGUUCCAGCUACUACACUCAACAAAAUGCAGACUGCCUUAACCCUCAUGACGCGGCGUCUUGAAAACUACAGCGAGCCACAGAAGGCAUUGACAGCUGGCCGGAAACACAUCCUCCUCUUAGCCACCACAAGGACUGGCUCCUCCUUUGUGGGCGAGUUUUUCAACCAGCAAGGGGACAAUAUGUUUUACCUUUUUGAGCCUUUGUGGCACGUGGAGAAGAUGCUGACGCUAGAAACUGGUGGAACCAAUGCAACAGCGGCUGGCAAAGCGUACCGUGAUGUUCUUCAGCAGCUCUUCCACUGUGAUUUCUCACUAUUGGAGAGUUUCAUCAAGCCACGGCCGGUGGAUCACAUCACGACUGCGCUGUUCCGCAGGGAUUCCAGUCACUCUCUGUGUGAAGAUGCAGUCUGUAGUCCGGUUAUCAAGGGAUUAUAUGAGCCAUUUCGCUGUAAAAAUAGACGUUGUGGACCCCUGAAUCUGACCCUUGCAUCAUCGUUAUGCCUUCGGAAGGAGCACCAGACGAUCAAGUCUGUGAGGGUUCGCCAGCUGGAAACCCUCCGUCCACUAGUUGAGGACCCAAGUCUUGAUGUGAAAUUCAUCCACCUGGUCAGAGAUCCUCGGGCUGUUUUAGCCUCACGCAUGGUGGCGUUUGUAGCCAGAUAUAAGAACUGGAUGCAGUGGGCAAAGGACGGCAAUGUUCCCCUCGAUGAUGACGAGGUGAGAAAGCUGAAGGGGAACUGUGACAGCAUUAGAAUGUCCGCAAUGGUGGGCCUCAGGCAGCCUCAGUGGCUGCGCCGGCGCUACAUGCUGGUGCGCUAUGAAGACAUUGCCCGGUUUCCCAUGAGAAAAGCCACUGAGAUGUACACGUUUGCCGGAAUUCCCUUCACGCCGCAGGUCAAAUCCUGGAUCCAGAAGAACACCAAGAACUCAGAUGAGACCAGCGGACCUUAUUCCACACAGAAGAACUCUUCAGAGCAAGUAGAGAAAUGGAGAUUCAGUUUACCUUUCAAAAUUGCACAAGUGGUCCAAAAUGUCUGUGGUCCAACUCUGAAACUUUUCGGGUACAAGUUUGUAGACAGUGAGGAAAUGCUCAAAGACAAGUCUGUUACCUUGAUAGAAGACAAAGUGUUCAACUUCACAUAGUUGUGGAAGGACUCCUCAAUGACUCUUAUUUAUUAGAUGAUGCUUCUUAAAUGUUUUAUGGUGCUCUCGGUGUGCUGUGAAGGCAUGCUAGCGUUUAAAUAGUUUUUAUUUUCGAGCUCAUUUGCUUAUGUUUGGCAUCAUCAUCAAGGAUUUAUUACUCUGGUCAACAUUUCUCUUAGAUUAAAGGUCAUACUGUUCUUGAUUCCAUGUCUACCUUCUCGGGUAGUGUAUAUUGAAGGUACAUCAUUUUUUGUGCGGGAUUUAUGACUUCAGUUGUUCAUCAAUGAUUGUUUUUUCUUAUCCUUAACCACCACUGCUGGUGUCGUCAUCACUUACUUUGACAUGUCCGUUUGCUUAAAAACACUCAAGACACUCUCAAGCUGGGAAGUCAAGACAAAUCCCUGGUAGCUGGUCUGCCAUUGAGGAUAUGAGGCUGUUACAGUGACCUUGAUCCAGAACAUCAGUACAUUCCCCACCGGGAGCUGUGUGCAGCUGCACUUCCUCCCCCGUUUGUCAUGGCACACAUGAACUGCUACUCUCAAGAUGUGUACUAACAUACACACAACAGGACCACAUUCAAGAAUGAGGAUCAAAUACACAGUGUGCUUUGUCUUCUUUGUGGCCCUUGCUGAUUGGUUAUUCUCCUUCAUUGAGAAGGAGAAGGAGAACAACUUAAUCUCAAGGUAAGUGCUAACAGACUGCAGCUGAGUAUAGUCAAACAUAUGUAAGCAGUAUUUAUUAUUUAAGUCACUGUAAAUACUGUGACAAUAGUCUGACAAUUGUUCAGGGAUUGGCUAGAGCUAUAGAGCUGCUUUUUUGACAGAUAUUUGACAGAUCGAAAAAUGAUGGUUUUCGGAUUC